GCCAGGCGGGAGUCGCCUCCGCCGCCGCCGCCGCCACCGCGGCCGCCACCGCGCAGCCGGCGGUAAGAAGAAAACAUAACCUAUAGACCACCUUCGGGCAGAAGAUGAUAGAUUCGGAUCAGAAACGGGAGGCGUUGGAAGCCAGGAAUCAAAAGUGAAGAAACUCUGCAAGCCCUUGGGUUCCUAUCACUGUAACCAUGCCAGAAAUGACGGAGAAUGAGACUCCUAUGAAAAAACAGCACAGAAAGAAAAACCGGGAGACACACAAUGCAGUUGAGAGGCAUAGGAAGAAGAAAAUCAAUGCUGGGAUAAACAGAAUAGGAGAGCUGAUCCCGUGUUCUCCUGCCCUGAAGCAGAGCAAGAAUAUGAUCCUGGACCAAGCCUUUAAAUAUAUAACAGAAUUGAAGAGGCAAAAUGAUGAGCUCCUGCUUAAUGGAGGAAACAAUGAACAAGCUGAAGAAAUUAAAAAGCUACGGAAGCAACUGGAAGAAAUCCAAAAAGAAAAUGGCCGAUAUAUUGAAUUACUGAAAGCAAAUGACAUCUGCUUAUACGAUGAUCCCACAAUCCACUGGAAAGGAAAUCUUAAGAACUCAAAGGUCUCUGUUGUUAUUCCGAGUGACCAAGUUCAAAAAAAUAUCAUUGUUUAUUCUAAUGGGAGUCAGCCUGGUGGAAACAGCCAGGGAACAGCUGUUCAGGGGAUAACCUUUAAUGUUGGUCAUAAUUUACAGAAACAAACUGCCAACGUGGUGCCAGUGCAGAGGACUUGCAAUCUUGUGACUCCUGUGUCUAUUUCUGGAGUUUACCCUUCGGAAAACAAGCCAUGGCAUCAGACCACCGUUUCUGCAUUGGCUUCCAACCAGCCUGUUCCUCUUUGUCUUCCUGCUACCAUUUCUGCUCAAAAUAUUCUCGAGCUUUCCACCUCUGAAAGCGAAUCAAGUGUGCUGGGUGUCACUAAUGGCUCACUGAUCGCUGUUCCAGUUGGGCCUGAACCCCACCAACAUCGCUCUUUGAACACACGUCUAAAUGAUCGAAACUCUUCUGACAAUAAGAAUGGGCAAGAGAGCCCCAAAUUAUUAAAGACGACAACCUCUUGUGCUACAAGCAUCCCUCCCAGCUCCUCAGCAACUGCCAGUAAAGUGUGCCAGGGAAACAAGUCCUGUCUGAGCAUACAGGACCUCAGAGGUGACCUUCAGAACACCUUAGUUGUAUCAGUUACCACUACCAUCUGUUCCCAGCCUCCCAGAUCCACAGGUGAUUCUUCUCCAGUGAGCAUCAGCAAGAGUACAGAUUCGACAAGUACAACCACUGCGGUGGCACCAUCUGCCCCUGGAGUAGGGAGGACUACCACUCCUGUAAGCGCUCUUUCUACUAAUUCUCUGGACAGUGGUUGGACUUGUUCUUUGCCUUCUUCAAGUGUUAGCACUUCAGAUUUGAAAAACAUUAACAGCCUUACCCGAAUUUCUUCAGCUGGAAACACACAGACAACAUGGACUACUUUGCAAUUGGCAGGAAACACUAUUCAGCCUUUAAGCCAGACAUCAUCUUCCACUGUGACUCCAGUAUUAAAUGAGUCUGGUACUAGUCCCACCACAAGCAGCCACAGUAGACACAUAGCUCCAGCCGUCAGCCUAAAUAAUUCCUUUCCAGCAGAUGGGCAGCCAGUUGAGCAAGUAGUUGUAACCUUGCCUUCUUGUCCAUCUUUACCUAUGCAGCCACUAAUUGCCCAGCCACAAGUUAAAUCUCAGCCUCCAAAAAGUAUCCUUCCACUGAAUUCAGCAAUGCAGGUGAUCCAGAUGGCACAGCCAGUUGGGUCGGCCAUUAGUGCAGCUCCAGCUAAUCAAAACGUUAUCAUUCUUCAGCCACCCAGCUCUGCCCCAUGCCCAGCGGUGGUGAGGGCAGAGGUUCCCAGCCAAACAGUCGGUCAGCAGAUAGUGAUCAUACAGGCAGCUAAUCAGAAUCCUUUGCCGCUUCUCUCUGCUCCACCUCCUGGUUCUGUUCGACUCCCUAUCAAUGGAACUAAUGCUAUAAUAGGGUCGAAUCAUGCAGUGCAGAAUGUUUCAGCUCCACAAACUUUUGGAGGAAAACAUCUCGUCCAUAUAUUACCAAGACCUUCAUCUUUAUCCACAUCUAAUUCAACACAAACUUUUUCUGUCACCAUGUCAAACCAACAACAGCCUCAAACCAUCUCUUUAAACGGACAGCUCUUUGCUUUGCAGCCUGUGAUGACUUCAUCAGGAACUACAAAUCAAACCCCUAUGCAAAUUAUUCAACCCACCACCAGCGAAGACCCAAAUACCAAUGUUGCCCUGAAUACAUUUGGUGCUUUGGCCAGCCUCAAUCAAAGUAUAUCGCAGAUGGCUGGGCAAAGCUGUGUACAGUUGUCUAUUAGCCAGCCUGCCAAUUCUCAAACUGCUGCAAAAAGUCAGACCACCCCAGCUAACUGUGUUCCAUUAACAACAGCUGUAGCACCUCCCGUAACCACAGACAAUUCAGCCACACUACCCAGUACUUAUAAUCUAGUGACUGCUCCCCCAGCAAACACUGUCACUUGUUUGCCACCUACUGUGAAGUCAAAAAGGUUGAAUAAGAAGCCAGGUGCCAAGAAACCCUUAGCAGCCAGCAAGCCAGCAUGCCCCCUGAAUGCAGGCCGAGAUGCUGGCAAAUUAGACUGCCCCAGGGCUGAAGGCUCAGCGGAGCCGUCCUGUAACGAUGGACUGCUGGAGAACCUCCCCAGUGUAUUACCAUCUGUCGCUGUGUCCCAGUCAGAUACUGUAAGUGUUCCUGUGUCACAGUCUUCGGAUGUUCUGAAUUCUCAGUCAGUGAUACCUGAGUCCGUAUCCAAAUAUAAGUCAGCGGAAGAAUCUCCUUCACCCUCCCAGGAAUCUGUCACAAGUGAACAUUUUACCGUGGCUCCCACAAAACCCAAAGAUUCUACCCCCAGUCUGCAACAAGAGACGUCUCAGGAUAAAACAGCAACUAGUUCAGCUCUGUCAGAUGCUGCCCCAUCCUGCACUUCAGCCAGUGUGUUCAUUCCAUCUCCAAACGAUGCCCACGUUUUGGCUUCUCAGGUUUCUGAUUUGUCAUCUACCACAAGCACUACAACUGCUGACUGUGUUUCUGAGGUAGAAAUCAUUGCUGAACCUUGCAGGGUUGAGCCAGAUUCAUCAAAUACAGCGCAAAGCACAGGUGUCUUAAAGGGACAAGGUUUAACUACAUUGCUUUCGGAUCUUGCUAAAGAAAAGGACCCUCAGAAAUCACCUCUUUCGAUGCAGAUGGAUAAUCCUGACUUUUCUUCCGAAAAUUCUAAAAUAGCCGACUCAAGUGUGGAUUUACAUCCCAAACAGGAACUACUGCUGAUGAAUAAUGAUGAAAGAGAUGCCCCCCAGCACCAUUCCUGCCUCCCGGAUCAGGAGGCUAUCAGUGGCUCCUUGCUCAGCGGUCGGCAGGCUGACUCCCCUAUGUCAACCAGCUCUGGCAGCAGCCGCAGUUUCUCAGUUGCAUCCAUGCUUCCUGAAACAACUAGAGAGGAUGUGACCAGCCACGCAACAACGCAUACAUGUGACAGCUGUACCUUUGCGGAGCAAACUGACAUAGUAGCUCUUGCAGCAAGAGCUAUUUUUGACCAGGAGAACCUUGAGAAGGGAAGAGUUGGCGUCCAGGCUGAUAGGAGGGAAGUUGCUUCCAAGCCUUCUGAAGCAUCACCAUUAGAAGGAGACCAGCCUCUUAAGUCACAGCUUCCUAAGGAGAAUGGCACGGGACAAGCAGAAGGAGCACCGAAUGAAUUUCAUUCUCAGGAUUCAAUUGAAGCAGCCGUGGAAAAAUCAAGCUGUUCACUAGGAAUUAAAACGUCGAAUGCUUCUUUGCAGGUUUCAACUUCUCAGCCACCAAGCAUCACUAGUUUAAGCGUGAAUAACCUUAUCCAUCAGGGCAGCAUCAGCCGUCCUCUGGUCAGCUGUGCCGGUUUAGCUCAGACUUCAGAGCCAACGACUGUUCCUGCAACGGUCGGUCUGACCGUUCCAUCCAGCUCCUAUGGCAGCCAGCCUCCUGGGCCGUCUCUGAUGACAGAAUAUUCCCAGGAACAACAGCUAAAUACCAUGACUAGUACUAUACCGAAUUCACAGAUCCAGGAGCCGCUCUUAAAGUCAAGUCAUGAAGGCCGUAAAGACUCUGCUAAGCGGGCCGUCCAAGAGGACCUUUUACUGUCUUCGGCCAAACGUCAAAAGCAUUGUCAGCCAGCCCCACUGAGGCUUGAAAAUAUGUCCCUGAUGAGCCGAACUCCAGACAGCAUUUCCGAUCAAACUCAAAUGAUGGUCAGUCAGAUGCCUCCCAACUCUUCCAACUCAGUCGUGCCUGCCAGCACGCCAGCCCACGGAGACGGCCUCACGCGAUUAUUUCCACCUAGUAGCAACUUUGUGGCCCCUGUGUUGAGGCAAGCUGAAGUCCAGUGUGGUUCGCAGACUUCGGUGGCUGAGCAGCAGCAAACCCAGGCAAGUCAGCAUCUGCAGGCCCUACAGCAGCACGUGCCCACGCAGGCGGUGUCUCACCUCCACAGUAACCACCUCUACAUCAAGCAGCAGCAGCAGCAGCAGCAAGCAGGGCAGCUCAGAGAGAGGCAUCACUUGUAUCAGCUGCAGCACCAUGUGCCUCACGCCGAGAAUGCUGUCCACUCCCAGCCCCAUAAUGUCCACCAACAGAGGACUCUACAACAGGAGGUCCAGAUGCAGAAAAAGAGGAAUCUCAUUCAGCCCCAGGCCUCUCAGCUCUCCUUACAACCAAAGCAUCAUGGGACGGACCAGUCCCGACCCAAGAGUGGGCAGCCCCAUCCCCACCAUCAGCAGCUGCAGCAACAGAUGCAGCAGCACUUCGGAAGUUCCCAGCCAGAGAAGAACUGUGAGAACCCGUCAGCCAGCCGGCCCCACCAUAACCACCCCCAGAACCAUCUCAAUCAAGACAUCAUGCACCAGCAGCAGGAUGUGGGAAGCAGGCAGCAAGGGUCAGCAGUUUCUUCUGAACAUGUAUCUGGGCAUAAUCCAAUGCAGAGGCUUUUGACAUCAAGAGCCUUAGAGCAGCAAAUGGUGUCCCAACCUAGCAUUGUGAGUAGACCUUCAGACAUGCCUUGUACUCCGCAUAGGCCAGAAAGAAACAGAGUUUCAAGUUACUCUGCUGAGGCUCUCAUCGGAAAGACCUCCUCUAAUUCAGAGCAGAGAAUGGGUAUAUCCAUUCCGGGUUCCAGGGUUUCAGAUCAGCUUGAAAUGAGAAACUAUCUGGAUGUUCCCAGAAAUAAGAGUUUGGCUAUUCAUAACAUGCAGGCUCGUGUGGACCACACUGUUGCCUCAGAGAUCCGCCUUUCAGACUGUCAGACAUUUAAGCCAAGUGGAGCCAGCCAACCGCCACAGAGUAAUUUUGAAGUGCAGUCUUCGAGAAAUAAUGAAAUAGGUAACCCUCCUGUAUCAUCAUUGCGGAGUAUGCAGUCCCAGGCUUUUCGAAUUAGUCAAAACACUGGUCCCCCACCAAUCGACCGGCAAAAGAGAUUACCUUAUCCACCAGUCCAGAGCAUCCCAUCAGGAAAUGCCAUCCCGCCAAGGGAUGGUGAAAAUACGUGUCACCAAAGUUUCAUGCAGAGCUUACUUGCCCCUCACCUCGGUGAUCAGGUCAUUGGGAACCAACGGUCACUCUCAGAGCAUCCGAGGAACGCACAGUGUGGUCCAUCUUCUGCAAUUGAAUACAAUUGUCCUCCAGCUCAUGAAAGCGUCCAUAUCAGAAGAGAGAGUGAGAGUCAGAAUAGAGAAAGUUGUGACAUGUCUUUAGGUGCAAUUAACACCCGCAACAGCGCCUUGAAUAUUCCUUUUUCAAGUUCUUCUUCCUCAGGAGAUAUUCAGGGUCGAAACACAAGUCCCAAUGUUUCUGUGCAGAAGUCCAACCCCAUGAGGAUUACUGACAGUCAUGGGACUAAGGGCCACAUGAACCCUCCGGUCACAACCAACAUGCAUGGGGUUGCAAGGCCAGCUUUACCACAUCCAUCUGUUUCUCAUGGAAAUGCUGACCAAGGGGCUCCUGUACGUCAAGCUAAUUCUUCAGUUGCCCAGAGAUCAAGGCACCCCCUGCAAGAUAGCAGUGGUUCCAAAAUUCGUCAACCUGAAAGGAAUCGUUCUGGAAACCAAAGACAUAGUAAUGUCUUUGACCCAAGUCUUCCCCAUCUUCCUCUCUCUACAAGUGGAAGUAUGAUUCUUGGACGUCAACAGCCUGCUGCAGAGAAGAGAGGAAGUAUUGUUCGUUUCAUGCCUGAUAGCCCACAAGUACCUAAUGAUAAUUCAGGUCCUGACCAGCAUACGCUAUCACAAAAUUUUGGUUUUCCUUUUAUUCCUGAGGGUGGCAUGAAUCCACCAAUAAAUGCUAAUACUUCAUUCAUUCCACAGGUUUCUCAGCCUAGUGCCACUCGAACUCCAGCCCUAAUCCCAGUAGAUCCCCAAAAUACUCUCCCCUCCUUCUAUCCCCCAUACUCUCCUGCUCAUCCUACACUGUCCAAUGAUAUCUCAAUCCCCUACUUCUCCAAUCAAAUGUUCUCAAAUCCCAGCACAGAGAAGGUGAACGGCGGAAGUUUAAAUAACCGAUUUGGAUCAAUUCUGUCUCCUCCUAGACCUGUUGGUUUUGCUCAGCCAAGUUUUCCUCUUCUCCCCGAUAUGCCACCAAUGCACAUGACCAACUCUCAUUUGUCAAACUUUAAUAUGACAUCCUUGUUUCCAGAAAUAGCUACAGCUCUUCCUGAUGGCUCAGCAAUGUCACCUUUGCUCACAAUUGCGAACUCCUCUGCCUCUGACUCCUCCAAGCAGUCCUCAAACAGACCUGCCCACAACAUAAGCCAUAUUUUAGGUCAUGAUUGCAGCUCAGCUGUUUAAAUGCUGUUAAACUAGACAUAAAGGUAAUGGGUGAGAUUACAGAUGCAUUUGUGUGUGCUGCACACAGACAUGUACAUGAAGAGAGGCAUUGUGUGUUUGUGUCUUUGUAUAAUCAAUUUUCAGUUCUCUUUCGAAUGCAGAGAAGCCAUGUCAGAGAUGGUGCAAAUACUGAGUUGUCAGAAACUAUCUUUUGUUUUUAAUUGCAUGGUGUGCUUUUUUAUUGUCCAAGCAGAUUUACAUUUCAAAGGUUGAUCUGUAAUCCUCUGCUCCAUAAAUACUAAUCAACUGGAAGUUAAGGGAAAUCAUUUUGGCAUGUCUUGGAUUGUAGUAAGGAGCCUAAAUUUUUAAACUUGAUUGCUGAGCAUUUAGAUAGUUCAGUUGCUACCCAGAAAUAUCACAGCUUGAUAAAACAUCAAGUGCUGGCUAAUAUCAACUAAACAGUUUCUUACCCAUGGUAUGUUAUGGAUUGACUUAGAAUUGAAUAUCCGUAGUUCAGUGCAAGCAGUUAGCACCUAAAUCAAUUGUUUAAUUAACCUUCAUUCCUGAAGUUGGGUUUAGGCAGAUUAUUCUUCCUUACUUAUAACAAUUAAUAAAUUAUCUGAAUUUCAUGUCCUGUUCCUCACAUUAGGGAGCCACACUAUCCUUUAAUGUGCCAAGAUCCUUUGAAGCAAAGGUCUUCCAUAGACAAUUAGCCUUAGAAACAGAAAGCUAAAAAGUAAAGAAAAUUAAUGUUUUCCAUUUUGUACCAGGCCACAAGGAUAACAGCAGUUAUCUUGCAUGGAGUUUUUAACCAUUGAUGUUUCAUCAACUGAGUUUUGAUUUAGUAUUUUAUCUCCAUUUAAUUUAUUGCACCUUGAAAUAAAUUCUUUUUAUUUAAAUAUUAGGACCAAUCAGUAAAUGAUGUGUUUGGAAGCUACACUUUUAUUUGAGCCUUACUUUUAAAAUAUUUCUGAACAGAGUUUUAAGCUCUGUCAGUAUUUUCAUUUACUGAUACUUAUAUUUUAAAUACAGCAUUGUAUAUUGUAUGAUUAUCCUUCAUAACAGAACUAUAAUGAGAUGAAUUUGUUCACUAUUUUUCUUGAUGAUAGGUAUGAAUAGGUGCUUCAGGAUAUAUCUUUAUGUCUCUGUGUGUGAGAGUGUGUACACAGACAGAUUUUAAAGUAUAAACUGGUCCUUACCAUUCCACAAUGUACAUAUACUUCAGAACAUCAUGUUGUACAUGAGAAAUAGACAGAUUUAUCUGUCAAUUUAAAAAUAAUUUUUUAAAAAACUAAACCUACCUUCUGAAAAUGGAAAAUUGAGACCUGUGAAAGAAUAGAAAACUUGAUGUAGGUUUGGGUGUUUAAGAGCCCACUGAAGGUCAUAAGUUUAAAAACACAUGUAUUGAAUUUUGAAAACUUAAGCUAAGAAAGCAACUGUAUAUACCCAUUUUCUUAAACCCACUACUUUUUUGUUCUAUUCUGCCAAAAAUGGGAGAGGGUGGGAGAGAUGCGUAUAAAUUGUGUGUCUGCUCUGUUAAAGAAGUGAACCCAAGGACCAGUGUUUUUGUUACUGUUUUUUCACCCUAAAAACACUGCGGCCUCAGGCCUGGUCAGAGCAGCAAACUCCAGUGAAUACCUCUUCUGCAGACUCAGCAAAAGGGUCACCUGUGCCUCUGCAACCGUCCCUACCCAAUGGCCCUGUUGCUGCUGCCAACUACAGCGGCCUGCGGGGGCGGGAGCUCCCAUCCCCCAGGAAAGCCUGGAUGUUCUCCCUUUGACAGGGUCUUGGAGAAGAAUGGGAGAGCUUCACACACAAGUUACUUAAGACCACAGAUAAUCACAGCGCUUAGAACUUUUUUGAAGGGGGGAAAAAAGAUUUAUAACUUGCUUUUUACUUCUCUUAGAGACUGAAUUUUAAGCUUUAACAUUGAAGGUUUCCUUUGUACUUGAAAGAUCCAAUCUGCCAAUUUCAGGAAGGAAGGGCAGUUUUCUGUACAUUUAGCUGUUCAUUCUCCCGUGUUCUUUUCUCUCAUACACACACGCACGCACGCACACACACACGCAAUGGCAGUUGAGGUCCAAAAAACUGGGGACAGCUAGAUAUAAUUGGAACUAAGAUAAUAGCUUAGGAGACGCUCGAUUUCAGCAUCGCAAUGCAGAGACCUCAGCACCUGCUACUUCCCGCCCUUUGUGUUGUGCUGAUUGUAUUUUCCUGUUCACUUGCCUUUGCAUUUCUGAGAACUUUGGUUUCAAGAAUGUAACACUUCGGUAUCCAAUGAAUCUCAGUAAGGCUUAUUUGACCAUCUGAAGAAAGAUGUGACUGUCUACAAAGAACUGGGUACCUACUUAGACUUAGCUCCCGUGUUCUCUUGCAGACAUAUGCUUAUGAUCGUUUCAAAAACAGGCUCAGUUCUGAAAGUGUUGCCACCACAGUGCUCUCACUUGAUUUUAAAGCAUGACUAAAUGAGACUUCACAGCAGUACUAAGUAUUCAGUGGGUAGAGCUCUGAUUUGAAGGAGGAAAUUUGUUGUACAGUAUCCAGUGUAAAGGAAUGAAAGAAAAUGCAGUUAAUUUUGGGUAUAGUGAAUUUAAUGUUAUUCUUGGCUUGCCAAAAUACGACUGUAGGAAGCACUUUUUCCACAAAUAAUUUCAUAACUUUGGGAAAUAUACACAGUCAUGUCUGAGGCGUAAGUGAGAAUCAUUUCUCUUCCUCUCUUUUAGCAUCGUUGACCAUUCAGUUACAGAAAGUGGUUGAUUCCUGUCAACGUUUAACCAUUAGUUACAGUGAGGUGAAAAUUAUAUGUUUCUCUUCAUGCAUAACUUCGUCAAUGACUGUCAGACGCAUCAGUCGUAAAUGAAAGGAAUCCAAUUUGAUGUUAUUUCUUUUGGGGGAAGAUACAUGUUGCUUUGGGAUGACUUAUAUGUUGUUCUGUACCACUUCAGGAAAUUUGUUUUUGUGGGAACUUUUGGGGUACCAGAGAAGGCACUUUUUUCUAAGUAAGGCACAAGACUUCCACAGUGAUCAUGCUUUAUAAAAUGUAAUGUAUCAGAACUGUGGGGAGGGAAUGAAGGGAGUGUUGCAGUGAUUUCCAGUCACAUACCAGGGUUGAAGGUGGGCUUUUAAAAACCAACCCUCUGAAAACACACAGUUAAGCAUGGCCUUGCUCUUGCUUUAAAUUCAUGAAGAGGGGAAAACAACAUAUACUCCAAAUAAUGCGGUGAAACACUUUAAGGGAAUAACGUUAAAAUUUUGAGAAAAGAUAAAGACUCAGUAAUAUGCGUCUGCUUAGCUCUGUCCUUCUUUUGAUCCACGGGUACCUAGGCUCGCGCUUCUUCCAGCUGCUUCGUGUCAAGAGGGUGGCAGGGCCCCUGAUCGUUUUCUUAGCAGAGUCAUUACUCCUUUGCCUUGAAGCAUACGAUGGACCUACCAGCUCUUAGAUCACGGUGUGGUAGUGAGUCCUAUUCCCAAAUCUCGGAUUCCAGUUCCUGGCUUUGGCAACUUCUAUGCUUCCUAUUCUUGUAAGGGACAACAAUUUUUGAAACAAUAUUAGUUCAGAAUUCAUUUUAAAUGUUUAUCACAGAGUGCCAUAUAGUUCUGUUCUUUGAUUUGAUGAACUUUUCCUUCCAUUAGCAGAAUGAAGAAAGGGCAAAUGUACAAAAAUAAAAUGUGUUCAUGUUCUUAGGCAUCUGGAAGUCACUGUUACAAUUCUGUUAUCUAUAUAAAUUGUGUCUGUGCUUGGAAGUAAUGUGCUUAUGGCUGUGAAUACCUAGAAGGCAAUGGGAGUAGCCAACCAGAGGAACUAGUUUGAAGUUAAUCUCUCUGUGAUGAUUUUAUGAUACCUAUAUGCAAAUUAAAGGCAGGAGUUAGUUUCGUCUUGAGAUGCCUCUCUGACUAAAUGUUACCAUUUCUCCUUCCCCAGAAUUUUCACUUAGCUACAUUCUCUAGGCAUUCUACUCUUUUUGUGAGGUUUCUACUAGAGUGAAAUCAGAAAGAUUAUUUCUACUAGAGUGCGAUGGACACUAAGUUUAGAUUGUUUAGGUUGAGGCAGUCUCAUCUAUGCUGGGAAGAAGCGUUUCCGUGUUGGACACACAGCUUGUAGUUCUGUCCACAUGCCUCCGCCCUGGUACUGCACUUUACCUGAAAUUGUGCCUCUGGUCCUUAGACUGGCUACUGGGACAUAUCGCUCACCCACCCCUCUGUCACAGGAAAGGGCCAGCUGGAGGGUUCGUGUUGAAUAGUCAGACACUUCCUAGAAGACAAGAACAGCUGAUGUUUUCCCACUGUUGCCUUAUCAUUCUCUGAGCCAUCUUUGUAGCUCAUCUCAUAAGAAAAAACUUAGCUAGGUAGUGGCAAACCUUUUCAACUCAGAGCUUGUAUGUGGUGAUCAUUCAACAUCAUUAUAUCUAGAUUUGCAGAAACUUAUCAAUGGAAUGUUUGUGGCAUGUGUAUGUGAUCAGAUGCUCGGUAAAUAUGAGCCAGCUUGGCUUGAAAAUAUUGGGUAUAAUAUCGAAACAAGUGACAUUGUGGAUGACUGUAUAAUCUACCACUAGAACACUUCGUGAGACCCAGAGGGUAACCCUUCAUUCAUAACUUAACACAAGUUUUUUAAAUAGAUCUUUAAUUUUUUGGCUUAGUUGUGUGUGUGCAUACCCAUACUAAGUCAUAGAGGCUUAAAACUUGAUCCAUCUAAAUAUCUUCUCCACUUUUUUGAAAUAUCUCUGUCGUCCCACCCCAGAAGUCUUAAAAUCAUUUCUCACGUAUGAGGUCACUGAGGCACUGGACUUGACUACAGUGGUAACCUUUAAGGGGAGUUGGACUGUUGAUCUCCCAAGAAGAGAGGGACCAGACAGUGUUGCUAAAGAUGCUGCAGUUGUAUUACUGUGAAGAAAAGAUUUGCUUCCACUUUCAGCAGGCUAGAUGUAUAGAUAUAGAUAUAUAUUUUCAUUUUGGUAAAAGCGGUUGAAAAAUCUGAGAACAUAAUUACCUUCACAAAUUAUUUAUGGAUACACUGGGUGAGAAGCUUACUGUAGGGCAGUGACCAGGAGAAAACCAACUUUAGUGCUUUCAAUAGUGUAAUAUUUGUAUCUAUUACUAUGCCAGCAAUGUCUGCUGUGCGCCGUGUCCUAUUACUGUAAAUCACCUGGUUUAUAAUUCUAAUGGAAAUUAAUUUGUUUUGUAAUGGAAUCCAGAGCAGAUAUGUAUAAUAUGAUCAGGAUUGUCCUCCGCUGUAAAUAAGAAUAAGUCCUGUUUAUUUUGACAUCUUUUUACAAAUACAUUGUAUUAGGGUGUGAAUAUUCCAAACCAUGCUCUUGUUUAAAGUUUUGAAAUUUUUAUUGUUAAAUGUAACAUUUUAAUGGUUGUAAUAAUUAUUUGUAUAGAUAUGAAUAUAGUAUUUUAUUUAAGAAAAUAAACUUUGCAUUUUUGCAUUGUCA